AUGGAUGCGGUGACGAAGGUUUUUGAGAAAAUAGGGAUAAAAGAUAGGGGAAUUAAAGUAAAAGAUGUAUUUAAACUCAGAAGUAGGGAGGAUGAUAGUUUAAUUUUAGUGAAAUUAUAUAGUAUGGAUGAGAAACGAAUGAUAAUGGAAAAAAAGAAUAAAUUGAAAGGAACAACAAUAUAUGUAGAUGAUGAUUUGACAAAGAAUGAAAGAGAAAGACAGAGUGCAAUGAGAGUAUGGGCAAAAAGUGAGAGAGAAAAAGGUAUGAGUGUGAAAGUAGGGAUCGGAAGAGCAUGGAUGAAUGGUAGAGAAUAUGUAUGGAAUGAGGAGAGAAAAUGGUUAAAAAGAAAAGAAGAGGAUUUCUGGGAAUUUCUAAAAGAUUUUGAUAUAAUUGGUCUGACAGAAACAUGGGUAGAUGGAAGGGAGUGGGAGAAAUUAAAGGAGAAGAUGCCAGAGGGGUGGAAGUGGAGAUGUCAACCGGCAAGUAAAGAAUGUAGGAAAGGGAGAGCGAAAGGGGGAAUUAUUACUGGAAUGAGAGUGGAGUUGGAGGAGAUAGACAUUGGGUAUGAAGAGAAAGAGGGGUUUCAAGAAAGGGCUAUGAAGACGGAUGGAGAAAAAUGGAGAGUAGUAACAGUAUAUAAUAGAGAUGGAAAUAAAAAAGUGUUGGACAAUUUAAAGGAAUGGAUUAAAGAGGGGGAAGAAGAGAUUUUGGUGUUGGCCGGGGAUUUCAAUGCAAGAGUAGGAAAAAACGGAGGGUGGGAGAAUAAGGAAGAAGGAGAAGAUGAAGAGAGGGAGUCAAAGGACGAAAUUAUAAACAAGCAAGGGAGAGACUUGAUAGAUUUAAUAGAAGAAAGAGGGUGGAUAUUGCUAAAUGGGGGGAAAUAUGGGGAUGAGGAGGGAGAAUGGACAUACGAAAAGGCGGGUAAGAAGUCAGUAAUUGACUAUGGAAUAGUGAAUUGGGAGGGAUGGCAAAGAGUGGCCAAGUUUGAAGUAGGAUGCAGGGUGGAAUCAGACCAUCAGCCGCUGAUAUUUGAAAUCAAGAACCAGUAUGCAAGGCAAGAAGAGAAAGGGGAAGAAGAGGGAAGAGUGCAAGAUUGGUCGGAAGAGGGAGUAAGAGAGUACAGGAAGAGGAUGGAAGAAGUGGAAUGGAAAGAGGAAGACAAAGAGGUAAAUGAGGAGUGGGAAGAGAUAGAAAGAGAAAUAACGAAGGCGGUGAAAGUCAGGAGAAAAGGGAAGAGGAGAGGAAUAGGGUGGUGCCCUUGGUGGGAUAUAUAUAAAGAAUGUAAGGAGAAAAAGAGAGAGCUGAAUAGAGCGAGAAGAAAAUACAGAAAAGAAAGGGAAGAGGGAUACCAAGAAUAUGUGAGGUGUAGAAGAGAAGGUAGGAAAAAGAAGGAGGGAGUGUGUAAAGAAAUUGAAAUGCGGGAAUGGGAAAAACAUUUUAAAGAGGCAUUGGGAGGAGUAGAGGAAAAGAAGGAAAUUACACAGAGAAAGAAGAGGAGUAAAAAGGGAGAAGAGGGGAUAAAUCAAGAAGAGGUAAAUAUGGAGAUAAAGAGGUUAAAAAAGGGAAAGGCAGCAGGAUUAGAUGGAAUUAGAAACGAGGCAUGGAAAGAAGGUGGAGAGAAGAUUAGUAUUAAGGUGGGUAGAGUAAUAAAAAGAGUGUGGGAGGGGGACGGCUUUCCUGAGAAAUGGAGAGUGGGGGUGGUGGUACCAAUCUGGAAGAGAGGAGACAGGAAGGAAACAGCAAACCAUAGAGGAGUGACACUUACAAGUACCGGAUAUAAAAUGUAUGCAAAUAUAUUGAAUAAGAGAUUGGUGAAAGAUUUGGAUGAAAAAGGUGGAUGGAGUAGAUCACAAGCGGGGUUUAGAAAGGGAAGAGGAACAGUGGAGAAUAUAAAAAUAUUGAAGCAUGUGAUAGGAAAAGGGAUGAAGAAGAAAGAAAGAGUAUACGCUUUGUUUGUGGACCUAAAGGCGGCCUUUGAUAGGUUAGAUAGGAAAAUUUUGUGGGAAAUGAUGAGAAAACGGAAGAUAAAUGAAGACCUGAUACAGAGAGUAGAAGAAAUAUACGAGGAGACGCGGUGUGUAGUAAAAAUAGGAGAGGAAGUAUCGAAAGAAUUUUGGGUAGAGAAAGGUGUGAGACAAGGGUGCCCCUUGAGCCCGACCUUAUUUAAUAUAUAUUUGGCGGACAUAGAGGAAGAAUUGAAGAAAGGAAGGGGAGGAGUUAAAAUAGGGAAUGAUAGAGUUUGGUCGAUCGAAUAUGCGGACGAUAUCGUGUUGGUAGCAGAUGGGGAGGACGGUCUAAGAGACAUGAUUAGAAGAUUCAAAAAAUACCUGGAAGAGAAAAAAUUAGAAAUAAGCACUGAAAAAUCAAAGGUCAUGGUGUUUAAGAAUAAAGGAGGAAGGGAAAAAGAGAGAUUUUGGUGGUGGGGAAAGGACAGAUUAGAAGAAGUUAAAAAAUAUAAGUACCUGGGAUACAUGAUGACAAGGAAUGGGGAAGAUAAGGAGCACAUUAGGGAGAGGAUAAGAAAGGCAAGAGUGGCAAUGGGUUGGAUUUGGAGUUACGGAGAGAGGAAAUUUAAGGGGGAUGUGAGAUGGAGGCUAAAGCUGUUUGACAGCGUAGUUAAAGGGAUUUUAUACUAUGGGGUGGAAAUAUGGGGUUAUAAAGAGUGGAAAGAAAUUGAAGCCGUACAGGAUAAGUACUUGAAAUGGGUAUUAGGACUGGAAAGGACAACACCAGGUUAUAUCGUUAGGGAGGAAUUAAAAAGAAAUAAACUUAGAGUGGAGACAGGCUGGCGGGCAGGGAGAUGGGAAGAAAGGAUAGAGAAAGGAGAAGGAGGAGAGAUUGGGAAAUUGUGUAUGAUGGAGAGGAGAAAGGAGGAAAGGAAAAGCGAAUGGAUAGAUUGGACAAGAGAGAGUGUAGAGAGAAGGGAUUAUUUAUGGAGAGGAGGCGUCAGUGAGAUAAGUCUAAAUGAAUAUGGGGAGAACAAAUGGGACAGGAGUCAAUGGUAUACCAGAGUACAUCCGAAGGUGUGGAAGGAAAAAAGGGAAGAAGAUGGUACAAAUAGCAAGAUGGAGAUGUGGGAAUGA